AGGCCUCUCUUUCUCUUUCUUUCUUCCUCUAAUAAGCGGCGAAAGAGAUUCUCUGCAACUUGUUCGAUUCCUUACUAAGGCUUUCUCGAUUUACGUUAAUCUGAGAAGAGAUUGGGUUUAGUGAAUCUUGAUUUCCGUGGUUGUGUUUUUCGAUUUUGCUUCUACUCCACGUUCUUGUUGUUGUUCCCUUUUAGCUCCAGAUUAUGCUUUUCUUUUUGUUUUCUUCUCUUCGACGAUAUCUGCCACCAACUCGAGUCUCAGUUUAAUGAAAUGUUUGUGGAUUUUUGGUAAAUAGUACUAAUGGGUAUGUUUCUUUUCUCCUCUAUAUUCGUUUUCUUUUCCGAGAACACAAGUAGUGUCUAGUGAGGCUUGCUUUGAUUUGGUGAAUAAGAAAGGUUAGGAUUAGAGCAGCUUAAAUUUAGGGUUUUUCGAGCUUGAAUGCUGUUUCCUCUAUUACUUUAUCGGUUGUGAAACUGUACGACAUUUGUUUCGAAAUCUUUGCUAAUAAAGGUUUCAUUUUUCAUUUUUUUUGUCAAGAGUUGGAAUUGAAUUAGUCUUUUCUACAUUGUGGUCAAUAAUAUCCGAGUCUCUCGUGAUUUAGUUUAUGCAUAAAUCUGAGAGUGUGUACGUAAUCAUAGUGAAAGUUUCUUUAUUUAUUGCUAUAUUUGUUUAAUGGAGAUAAGUUUCAUUGCUUCUUCUUUGUAGAUCAAUAAUGGCUACAAGAAUUGAGUUUAGAGAUAUUCUGUAGCAGGGCUAAAGAACAUCAGAGAUGGCAGAAAAGGAGGGUAAAGCAAGUGGCACAGACAAUGACAAUCGGGUGAAAACGAAACGUUCAAGUCAUAGUCGUCGAAAGGAAUGUGUCAAUAAGAGUUUGGAACAUAAUGAUGAGCUUGUGAAAUAUAUGUCCAAGUUGCCAGGUUAUCUCCAACGUAUAGAGAGAGGUGAAGAAAGCGUUCAUCAAAGUAAUGUUUUGAAUGUUGGAGUCUUGGAUUGGGAAAGUCUACAGAGAUGGAAGCAUGGUCGAGCAAAAGGCGGUGAAAUAUCAGGAAGAAGUGAGAGAAAAGUGUCUACUAUUGCUACUACUUCUACUUCAGGAGUAGUAGUUCCCAAUGACUCGGCUAAUAGGUGUAAGAUUGAUGACCAAGUGCAUACUUGUUCGAAUCUCGGUAAAGUUAAAGCUUCCCGGGAUCUUCAAUAUUCUCUAGAACCUCAGCUGGCUUCUAGGGAUUCAUUAAAUAAGCAGGAAAUAGCAACUUGUAGCUAUAAGUCCUCUGGUAGAGAUCACAAAGGAGUAGAACCGAGGAAGAGCAGAAGAACGCAUUCAAACCGGGAAUCCACUACAGGUUUAUCGUCAGAAAUGGGAAACUCUGCGGGGUCACUUUUCCGGGAUAAAGAGACUCAGAAGAGAGCAGGGGAGAUACAUGCAAAGGAAGCAAGAGAAAGAGCUAAAGAAUGUGUUGAGAAGUUAGAUGGGGAUGAGAAGAUCAUUGGCGAUUCGGAAGCUGGUCUUACUUCUGAAAAGCAGGAGUUCAGCAACAUUUUUCUCCUUCGAUCAAGAAAACAGUCCCGAAGCACUCUUUCCGGUGAGCCUCAAAUCUCAAGGGAGGUUAACCGCUCUCUAGACUUUUCCGACGGAAUCAAUAGCUCUUUCGGAUUGAGAUCUCAAAUUCCUAGUUCCUGUCCACUCUCUUUCGACUUAGAGAGAGAUUCUGAAGAUAUGAUGUUGCCUCUUGGUACUGAUCUUUCUGGUAAAAGAGGUGGGAAAAGGCAUUCAAAGACAACUUCAAGGAUAUUUGAUCGAGAAUUUCCUGAAGAUGAAUCCAGAAAGGAGAGACACCCUUCACCAAGCAAGCGAUUUAGUUUUAGUUUUGGUCGUCUCAGCCGAAAUUUCAGCCUGAAAGAUAUUUCAGCCGGCCAACCUUUGAGUUCUUCUGAGGAUACCAUUAUGUCUGGUUCUAUGAGAUUUGAUGGUUCAGUUUGUCCAUCUCAGUCAAGUAACCCGGAGAACCAGAACACUCAUUGCAGAUCUCGAGUUAGCCCUCUAAGGCGGUUUCUUGACCCUUUACUGAAACCAAAAGCCUCUGAAAGUGUUCUUCCAUCAAAAGCAAGAUCAAGUUCUUCCAAUCCAAAGCCAAUAACCAACAGCAACGUACCACUUCAAGAUGAAAAGAAGCAGGAUGCAUCGAGAACCCUAGCUAUUUUUCAGCUCACAAUCAGAAAUGGCAUCCCUUUGUUUCAAUUUGUGGUCGAUGAUAACAGCAGCAGCAGCAGGAGCAUUCUCGGGGCUACAAUGAAAAGCUCAGAUUCAUCGUUCAAAGAUGAUUCUGUUCAGUACUGCACAUUCUACUCUGUUAAUGAAGUCAAAAAGAAAAAAAGUGGAAGCUGGCUAAUCCAUGGACACAGAGAGAAACAUUGCGGGUUCGUCUACAACAUAAUCGGUCAAAUGCAGUUGGGAAACUCAAUGAGCGUAGAUAUAUCAGAGCAGAAAUCUUUGAUCACAGAGUCAGUUCUGUUUGACGAAUCAGAGCAAGUAAAAGGGAGGAAGGAGGUUGCAGCUGUAGUGAUCAAGAAGAAGCCUGUCGAAGGAAGCUAUACCAGCUUCGAGGAAACUAGUGUGAUAAUUCCAGGCGGCGUUCACAGCUUCCCCGAGAAAGGAGCACCGUCGCCAUUGAUUAGCCGGUGGAGGUCUGGAGGGUUAUGCGACUGCGGUGGCUGGGAUGUUGGAUGUAAACUACAUGUCCUCUCCAACAAAACAGUCCUCCAUAAAUUCAACCAAAGCUUCACACUUUUCGAUCAGGAAGUGAGUGAACAAGACUCGAGUCCAGCUUUGGCGAUGACAGAGCUGAAGACAGGGAUCUAUAGGGUGGAGUUUGGUUCGUUUGUUUCACCGUUACAAGCGUUUUUUGUGUGUGUGACGGUACUAACAUGUGCUUCCAAGGCAAAGACCACCGGAAAAUCUUCUUCUCCUAUGGCUCCGCCGCUAUCUCCCGUUGGUAGAGUCUAA